CAGCCUGCAUGGGGAUGAUCAUUGCUUGGACAUUGAAAUGGAGGAAUUCAAGCUAAUUGAUGAACUAGAUGCUACUGACGAAAGCGAUGGCUACAUCACUUUGGACGAGUGGAACGCGUCAGAUGACGACUCAACUGAGGAUGCUGAGGCUAUGGAUUCCUCUAUGGAAUCCUCAACAUCUAGUGAUUCUGAGGUUGAGCACCUGGGUACAUGCACUCCUGUCGUUGAACAACCAUCGCAAUAUGAUUAUUUGAGGUGCCUGUAUUGUUCGUACACCUGUUCUACUGAGGAUAUGCUGAGGGGGCAUUUCCGUCAGCAUUCUACCCUAAGCCAUCCUAUUAGGGAGUGCAAAUUAGAUGGGUGUCCCUUUUCAACAUCCUCAGUCUUUGCUCUUGUGUACCACUUUCACCAGGUACACAAGGCCUUGGUGUGUGAUGAUUUGGUAUUUAGGUCUUAUGAAUAUUGUGGCGCUGAGUUUUUAUCCCUCAGCGCUUUUCAUGCUCAUGUCGGUGAGCAUUUUUUCAAGAGUGAGGCACUAGCUGCACUGCUUAGUGGGUCUCGCCCUCGUAGAUACCGGUGUUCUUAUUGUAAUAAGGGGUAUUCUUAUGCCAAAUCUUUUCUGAGACACCGGGGGGUGUGCGCUCAUACCAAUCUGGUGCUUAUCAACGCUCUCCACGUGUGUUAUGAGUGUCGUGCCCCAUUUCUAACGGGGGAGGAGUUUAUGGCUCAUCGGCAUUAGUAAUUCUCCUUAUAUUGUAGUUUUCUUUUUGAGGUAUAGUUUUUGGCUAUAUUUUAGUUUGGACUAGGGGUAUAUUUUCUAGUUAUUAUUUUUUCUUCAAUGGAUUUACAAUAUCGUCUCUAGUAAUAA